UGCAUCGUCGGACGAAGAGUUCCACUUAGAAAAACGUCUUAUCGAUGGGCAUUCCCGCACAUCGAUUCCACUCUUUCGUGGAUCAAACUUAGGUAUCUUCGUACGUAAACGUCCACAAACGACUACUGCUGAACAUUCUACCAACCGACGAAAAGAUUCUCGUUCAACAUCACAAAUUGAUGAAAACAUGCUGGCAGAAAUCCUCAAUCGCUAUAGUCCACGACAUUCAGACGAUUACACCGACAAUCCUGGCCCAAUGUUCGGCCGUUAG